UUACUCUGUUUAAACCUUGUCCAGCUCUUACUCCGUUUAUAAACUGGCCUAAGACAUUAUUGUGGACGUUUUUUAUUUAUUUGUUUAUUUAAAUGUGUGUAAAAAAAUCACGAAUGGGCGUGGUCCAGGAGGAAAAGCGAAACUAACGUUUUAGUAAAAGCUCAAACUUCCUGUUUGGCGAAAAUGGUGGUGUUUCAGCAAAUGUCAAGCGAAGGCUGCAUCAGUUAGGUUUGAAUGUAGGACCUGUCUGGACCACUUCAGGUUCUGCUGAUAAUCAAUCAUCACCAGAUUGGAAUAUCACAGAUGAUUGGCUGAAAGCGCUUGCAAACUGUUAACAUGGGAAACAGCUUGUGCUGCCCAACAACAAACCCGUGUGAUCACACAGUGGAUGAAACGCAGGGGCUGCUAAACUCACCAGAUUCUAAGGUUUCAGCAAGGCCGCUAACAACUGAUGGAAUUAGCCAGGCACUGGCGGUCAAAGAGGGCAAAAAUGAAGACAGGCAAGAAAAAGCUGUAAUCAGCACACAACCUGUAGCAGCUUCCAAGUUAGCUGAGGGGUCUGCACAGAGUUCUUAUGGUUCUGUAAUUCAGAUGCUCCACACUGAUGUCUCUUUAGCUGCACAAACUAGCCAAAGUGCCUCACCUAUCUCAAAAGCGUCUCAUGAACCAGAAGAUGCCACUACUACAGCCACUGAAACAAAAGAGAAUGAUGAGACUACAAAAGAGAUUCAGACUUCUGCCACUAAAGACACAGAUACACUGCCAGGUAGCACACCAACAGAGUUGGCUGCAGCUAUAGUGAAAGAGGAAAAACAAGUUGAGUUAUCUGAUGCACUGGAACAAGAGGAUGAAUCUGGUGUGCACGAGUUGAUGGUACCGGAUACACUGGCAAAAACUGCUGAUGAACUACAUGUUGUGCAGGUGGAUGCACAGAAGGAGGUUCCAGAGGACACAGAGAUGCUGUCAGCUGAAGUGGAUAAAAAUUUUGCUGAAGUUUCUGGCGAGAUGAAUAAUAAAAGAGAAGCUGGUGAGGUAGAAACAGAGGAGGAUGAGCACAAAGCACCCGUAGGAGUUUUACCUACAAUUGACAUCCCUCAAACCGAGGAACCAGUUCUGAGUGACUUGCCAGUGGAUGGACUUGAAUCGAAAAGUCUCCUUACUUCUGUGGACGUUGCAGAUAACUGUGCACACUUACUACCUGACAAUUCCAAUUCAGAACAUUUUGCAUCUUUAUCACAACCCUCAAGUGAUGUAGAAAAAACAGCCCUAGCUAUUGAAAAAAUUGUUGCUGGUAAUGGGCUGGACAUCCACGAAGAGAAUGUUGGUGUAAAGGAAGACUUCUUACCUUCUAAAACUCAGGAAACCCCAGAGACUGUAAACAUUAUUGAGGAAUCUACUGUAAACUAUGUAGAAAAAGGCAUAGUGAAUGACUUGACGGAUGGGGAUUUGAAAGAUGAGAAGCCAGCUGAGGUGAAUGUAGAAGAACCUCUAUUGACUGAGGUAGUGCAGAAACCAUGUGAGGAACCUUCACAUACUGAGAACCAAGAGUUAUUGCAUGAACCCCCUACAAACAGUAAGAGUGUUGCGGAGGACCUGGAGAAACGAGAGCCCACAGACACUACAGAGACCCAUGAGACAAUCACCGAGUCUUUACAAAAGGAAGGAGAAGUUCAACAGGCUUUUCAAAAUGGUUUGCUCACACAUGUAGAGAAGCCACAUUCUACAGAGGAACCUGAUGAAUAUGUUGAUGAAAAUGAUCCUGAAGGCAAGGAUACUGGUCCAAGUGAGACAUUCCCAUUGGAACACAUACUCACAGAGGAGGGGGAGCCAGCACCACAGGCCUGUGAGAAUGAUGAGAAUGAUGAGAAUGAUGAGACGACAGCAGAAGAUGAAAAAGAGAAUGCAGAAAGGACUCAAGGCCAAAAAGUAGAAGAGAUUGUUUUGAGCAGUAGCCCUGAUAUAAAAGUUGCACUAAUAACUGUGAGCGACAUAGAAAACAUUGCAGAGAAGGACGGGCAUGAACAAAAUGAAGAUCUCUAUCGGGGUGAUGAAGAGAUGGACCAAGAGCAGGACAAAGAAGUUAAAUUGGUGCCACUGCUGGAGUUUACAAUUCCUGGAGUGGAGGAUAAGUGCAGUUUAGAUGAUCCUGUUGAUAUUCUGGAGUACAGUGAGAGAGAGUGGAAGGGAAAUACAGCCAAGAGCAAUCUCAUCAGAAAGGGUUACUCUGAGAUGUAUUGUAGUUUUACUGGGCUGAGGAGAGUAAGGGGUGACAACUACUGCUCUCUGAGAGCUACUCUGUAUCAGGUGCUGGCCAGUACAACACGCACACCAGCCUGGUUACUAGAGGAAGACUUUACAUCGUUGCCAGAAAAAAUUGAAGCUCAGGAGCAGUUGAUCGGUAUGUGGAUGUUCCCUCCUCAGUGUGUCAAAGCAGGAGAGGACGAGGAUGCUGUGGAGAAACUUAAACACUAUCUGGAGCUUCUGCAGAAAAGAUGGCAGGCAGCAGCAGAGUCUGAGAGCCUGGAGGACAAGCAGGCUGUGUGUGAUCAUGUGUUUCAGGGUGGAGAAGAAGAGUACGCUCUUCUGGAGGUGCUAAAGUUCCUUAUGCUGGUCCAGGCCGUGGAGUUUCAUAACAGAAUGCUGGCGGAAGAGGAAGUGCCUGUCUUCUGUUGGUUACUGUUUGCCCGUGACACGUCUGAAAGCCCCAAAAUGUUUUUCAACAAUCAUCUAAGACAAGUCGGCUUCACUGGCGGCCUGGAACAGGUGGAGAUGUUUCUGCUGGGUUAUGCCUUACAGCACACCAUUCAAGCCUUCCGCCUCUACAAGACUGACACGGAGGAAUUUGUGACGCACUACCCCGACGACCACAAGCACGACUGGCCCUGCGUGUGUAUCGUCACCGAGGACGACCGACAUUACAAUGUCCCCAUUAGGAAGCCGUCACAAUACAAAGUGUGACGCCGUUUGCCAUGUGUUGGAAUUUCUGGAAGGUGAUUGGAAAUCGAGAGUGAAACUUUGACAUCACCAUGCACUGCCUUGAAUAUUCUUACUGUUAUUAUUAUUAUUAAUUAUGUAAUAUUUGGGAGGUUAUUGGUUGUUAACAGGAUUUCUAGAUGUUGAUCAGUGGAAUGAAGGAGAACUAUUAAUUUAAUCAGUAGGAAAGGAUUAUUCACGUCUAAAAUUUGCUUGGGUUUGGUUAAAGCUAAAGCUAACAAAAGCACUCAGGUUUAUUUUUUGUGCAAUUCUUUGACUUAUUUAGGUUUUGUAUUACAGCAAGUUUACAGUGAGUUCUUAUUUCAUACAAAGGAAAUGUGAAUGCAAAUACAAAUAAGAAGUUCCGCAUGAUGUUCUGAAAAUAGUGUAAUGAUGUUUACUAUGAAGUGAUUUAAAACUUCUUACAAAUGCAAGCCUGCAAGCAUGAACAACUUCGCUACUACUGACACAAGCUAACCUUAUUAUAGAUUGCUCAGAGACAUAACAUUCAGCUUCAUGAACACAUCAAAGCCUUUCGUCAUUCAGUAGGGAGCGUUUUACUGGUAUUCUUUGCCUCCACAUGUUCCCUGGAAAUCAAUUUAAAUCACUCUAUGACUGAAGAUCUAUAGAAUAAUUCUCACUUAUUCCCUUUAACCUCUGAUGAAACCUUUCUGUCCUGCCCAGACAGGUUCCUCACCAGUAGAAAACAAAGUCUCACAUGCUAUGGCACUCACUGUGACUAAAUCUAAAGCUGAAGACCUGUAGAUUUUGGAGUAAUGCAUGCGAUGAGAAAUCACUCUUACAGAAUUUUCUCCAACACCUUACUAACACACUUUAAGGCGUUUUUUCUUGAAUUCGUCCUCUGUAUGUUUAUGUAUAUGUAUAUUUGUUAAAAACCCUAAUAGCUAAAUUAUACUAUAGAUAUGAACUUACUUUAUUAUUAUUCAUAAUCAUGAUGAAUUUGGAAGCGUGGAGGCUCUUAAGGCUGUAGUGUCAAAUAUUUUAGGGGGGGGACUUCAAAUCUUUAUGUUUGAAAGAUGCUCGAGUCUACUGUUUUAAAGUGAUGUUUUGCACAGACUACACCAGAUGUUUCCCAGACCACAAGGAUAGCAGCCGUUCCACAUUUUGUUGUUUUUCUUAUUCUGGCUCCCUAAACAUCUGAACUGUGUAAUUAAGGGCUAUGGAGCACUUUUAUUUAUUUUCCCCUGGCCCCCGGAUGCUUAAAGCAGGAAUAGGAAAAAGUUAUCCACGUUGGUGAACUUGAUUACUGGAUUGAGCCGCUUCAGAUUAGUUCUUUUUUUUUGCUACAUUUUUUAUGCAUGUUCCAUAGCAGUUUAGAUAACGAAUGAAAGCCGACUGUUAUGUCACUACUUAAUGCUGUUUUUAUGUAUGAGGUCUGGUAAUAAUUUUGUCGAGUUUGUCUCAAACUGUUGCCAAAUGUUUUAUAGUAUUACUACUCUGUAACUUAUGGCUAAUUUAAUGCUAAUAAAAGGGUGUUCAAGUCAAACCGGGACUUUUAAUUUCUCGGAACAAAGCUAUGAGAGUAAAACUAUGUUUAUUUUCCUAUAUAAUCCCAUGCUACACUAAUGCACUUAUCCCAGUGUUUCACUAGUGCUUGGAUACCAUCAACUUUUUCACAGUAUGAUCCGACUGCCUGUUUCAUGUCUGAAUUGCUGGCCUCCCAGGAACUCCUUUAAUAUCCCAAUUGCGAGUUGAGGACUGUAUGAAGGAUGUGGCAAUAACUUCCAGUCCUGUAAUGUGCAAGUUGUGUUCCUGAAGGAUUGUGGGACAGUUCCCACAGACAGGUGCGUCUCUUCUACAAAUUAGCAACAAUUUAUUCGCUGUGUUUCAAGGAUCAGGCGUUCCACCAUUCAAACGUAUUAUUGCGGCUGAUAGUUUUAUCACCGUCUUGCAGUAUUCUGUAAAUGUCAGUUUUCACACGUUCAUUUAAAAGAAAUGUCAUCGAAAGUCCCAGUUUGACUUAAACACCCCUUGUACGAUGUUUGUAGAAUGUCAAAAAAAAGACAGUGCUGUAGAAAAUGUCUGAAAGUCUUAUAUACAUGUAUUUUGUAGGCCACAUUGUUUAUCAGGCACAGGAAAGAAAUAAAAAAAAAA